AUGUCAAAAGACACGUUACUCUCCAAAAUAGCUUUUCUCUGCGAUCAAAUUGAUGAAUAUUUUGAUUUAGAUUUGAGUUCUGCACAUGAGAAAUACCAGCUUCAAAAUCGUGGGAACAGUACUGUAUUGAUCAACGCUGCAGCGAUCGCAAAGGAAAAGCGGGUUAAAUGGUUAAGAGGGAUUCAUGUGAGUUAUGACGCUGCAGAGAGACAAUUUUUUCGGUGUUGGGAUCUUCUACAAAAUAAUCCGGAAUUAGACAUUUGUUUAGUGAAGGAUUCCUUGGGCAAUGCGAGACUUUUUCAAAUCCAUAAACUUGGAUCGCAAUUGGAAUGUGUUUGCUUGACCCAGAAUGAAUUGGGUUGUCUUAGGAAUGGGUAUACUGGGUUUCUGACAGCGUUGGAAAAACGUCGCAUUGCACCAGAGAGUUUUGAGAAUUUCGUGUUAUGGCAAGACACCUUGGCUAGUGGUGGAGUCGAAUAUACUGAACAAAUUCCGAGGCUUUUCUGGAACAAAACCGGAUAUCGUUUGGAAGAACAUUGCUAUAGGGUCGCCUCUGCGAAUGCCAAGAGAUUGAAAAAUUUCGCCGUUUAUUGCAAGUUUUUUACUCGAAGAGGGUUCUGUUCGAACACACGUUGCCAGUUCGUGCACGAUCCGCGAACCAUUAGCGUUUGUCAGGAUUUUUACACUUCGGGUUCGUGUCCGUUCGGCGACAAAUGUCGUUUAUCACACUCCGAGCCGGGCACUGAGAAUACUGUGCCGCAUUGCAAAGAGUUUUUAGAGGGUCGGUGUAAGUAUGAUGUGGGCUUAGAGGGCGGUAGCGCAUGCUGCCGGUUUUUGCACUCGACGCAUGUCAAGCGCGAUUACCCAAUUUGCCGUCUUUUUGCCUUCAGUGGCUUUUGCUACCGGGGCGCUCAUUGCCCGUUUCGGCACCUGUGGGAAUGCCCCGAUUUUUCAAAUAGUGGAGUCUGUUUCCUAGAACUUUGUCGUUACGAGCACACCCAACGUGCGUCGUACUUGACACCCUUGCUGCGCAUCGACGCACGCGAGUACCUCCUGCCACAUCUGACCGCAGGCAAAAGCCAUGAAGGUUCCUGGUACGGUCUUCGCACCAAACAACAAAGCAUUGACGUGAAAUCUCGCAUGUCUAACUCAACAACGUCUCCACUCGAAAAGGAGUCCUCUCAUGUCGUACUACCUGUUGAAAACUCAUCAGACGAACAGGACUCCGGUUCUGAAACUGAAACCGAUUUUGACGAGUUUUCAGACAACGAACUCGAUGCUGAUUUCAUCAAGAUCUGA